AUGCUACUCAUCAUCUUCGAUUUUUACCCGAACACAGAGAGGAGUAGGAAGUUGCUGCUGCUAACGACGAAGACAUUGCCACCUUCGAUUUUCACCCUAACAGACGCUCUCAGGUUGCUCCGAUCGUCAGGCUUGAAGCAAUCGAGGUCAUUAACGGUGAAGAAAAUGAGGAUGCAGUACAUGAUCUGUGAGUAUUCGACCUUUAUCCGAGUUUACACGUUCGUACCAUAUUCCCAAACAUACUCUCACAUCCAAACACGACGGCGAUUUGGUGAUGUGGAUAACCUGGUUCGAGAUCGGGUUUAG